ACCAGUUGCUAUUUAGCAAUACUCUUAGUCUUCUCACUUAUUUUUAAAUCAUGGAUUCGCGCAAGAAACACACAAUUUCAAAGUAUGAUCAAACUCAAAUGAAUUUAAUAAGUCAAGAUUCGUCAAAUAAAGAAGAGUAUAAAGGCGAAGAGCCCUUAAAUGUAUAUUAUUGUUUGUGCGGGAAAAUGUCUCUAAUUUUAGAUUGUAUAAUAGAAAAAUUGCCGAUGAGGAAGAGAGAUAACGCCAGAGUGAUUUCUUCAAAUAAACAUGCUCAUAAGAUAUUUAGUGAUGCAGAUGAAACGGCUUACAUCAGGAGAGGAGAAGAAGGUGUUGAAAGGCAAUAUAGAAGAAAAUGUACUUCCUGUGGUUUGCUCUUAUAUUAUAGACAUCAAGAUAAUGAUCAAGUGACAUUUAUCGUUGAUGGUGCAUUGAAAAGUGAAGGCCCUGGAAAUUUUAAAAGUGCUAAAUUUGCUGAACCUAAAAAAGUCAUGGUUACGAGGCAUACUAAAAAUAUGGGAAAAUUCAGCUCUGUUACAGUAUCUACUAUUGAUGAAGAAGAGGAAGAAUUGGAGGCUAAAGAAGUUGCUGAUUCCUAUAUGAUGAAUGCAAAGGUUAUUGAAAAACAGCUAAAGAGGAAAGGCUUAUCAAAAAUGAUGCAGCAAGAGGGCGAAAGUGAUUCUAAAAAAUUGAAACCUAGAGGAACAUUGAUUGAUAAAUGA